GGUAUAUGUCACUGUUUGCAAAUUUGAGCUGGGUAAGCUGCGCGAUCGAUAACUUAUAUUGGAAGAUAUUCGGAGUUUGUGAGGUCAGAGACAUUGAUGGGCUGUAAGGUUCAGCACUAAAAUACUUACAGUAUCUUUGAAAAGUGAUAAAAUGGAUACGGCUGGAGCUUAUGGUGGUGGAAAGGCUGGAGGAGCGUUUGAUCCUCAAGCUUUUAUCCAGCGGCCUCCUGUGAUAGUCCGAGCAGUUUGUUGGCUCUUCAGCGUCAUUGUAAUGGGUUGCAUAUCGGCAAAGGGCUGGUAUGUGAGCAAGGCUGACGGCUACGAGUACUGCGUGUACAAUGACGAUACGAACGCCUGUAACUACGGCGUCGGUAUAUCGGUUAUAGCUUUCGUAGCGUCAAUCGCCUUCAUCGCCGGGGAGUAUCUCUUCGAGCAGAUGUCGUCUGUGAAGACUAGGAAGCAUUACGUUUUAGCCGAUAUGGGAUUCUCAGCAUUCUGGGCGUUCCUGUACUUCGUCGGCUUCUGCUAUCUGUCUAACGCUUGGGGCAAGACCGAGACCCCACCGGUGGGCACCGCUAACAACAUGCAAGGCGCCAUCGCCUUUUGUUUCUUCUCUAUAUUUGCUUGGGUUGCGUGCGCGUUCUUCGCAUUCCAGCGGUUCCGCAUGGGCGCGGACGCGGCUUUCGCGCCGGCCUACGAGGUGGAGGGCGCGGGCAGCCCCGGCGCCUUCCCCGCCUACCCCGGCGCGCCCGACCCGCAGCCCGCCUACAGCGACCCGCCCUUCUCGCAGCCCCACACCGGCAAUGUGGACUACACCGCUCCCACUUAUUAAGCUGGCUCUCUGGUGAGACGCAUUCGGCUUCUAUGAUUAUGUUAUCGAAGCAAGUAAGUUAUAAUUAAUACAUUUUUAUGUCAACGUAACAUACUUGUGGAAUACUCAUUUGUCAAUGAUAACCACCACAAAUAAAGUUAUACCAUAGAUCUACCAACUAGGAACUUCAAUUAUUAUAAAAUAGUAUUCGAAAGAAUAACGAAAUAAAUUUUUUUUAAUAUCUAGUCAAUAUUAUCUUUAAUAAGACGAUGGUUGGGGAGCUGGCGAGCAUUUCGGUAUGUGAUUACCUCAUUU